GAAAGUAUGUCACCCCUAGACGAUCAACAGCUGACACAUUAUCCAGAGAUACCGAUUCUACAUCACCUUCUUCAGAUGCUCGAACAGCCCAGACCAAGAUCAAACUCAAGAGUACUUCCACAAGCAAGCCCUCCACCCUGAAGACACCAAGGAGGCUACAGCAGCCAAAGGUAACGAAGAGUUUUACCAGAAAACAAGCAGUAAGAAAAGCACCCACUACGGACUGGUCUUCAAGAAACCCUGCAAUAGGCCCAAGGAAGCAACCAAGCCGUUCAGCUAAAGAAACAUCAUCCAGAGUUACCACAUCUGCAGCUAGAACACCUUCACAUGAUCGAACAGCCCAGACCAAGAUCAAACUCAAGAGUACUUCCACAAGCAAGCCCUCCACCCUGAAGACACCAAGGAGGCUACAGCAGCCAAAGGUAAUGAAGAGUUUUACCAGAAAACAAGCAGUAAGAAAAGCACCCACUACGGACUGGUCUUCAAGAAACUCUGCAAUAGGCCCAAGGAAGCAACCAAGCCUUUCAGCGAAAGAAAAAUCGAGCAGUUACAUUGACCAGUUUGUAGCUAAUGGCAACAUUCAUGAAUUGUUAGUUCAUUGUGAUAAACUCAGGAUGCCAUUGCCAUCAAGUCCCCAGAGAAUGGCAUUUACUGCCCAGCAAUCAGCAACAUUGUCAUUCUUCCUGAAAUAUAGUGAAAGGUAUUCAAAAGAGCAAGAAGAGUGCAGUGAUGAACUCCUGAAAUGGUACAUGGAAAACAGAGCUCAAUUGCAUCUGAAACAUCCACCAAUUGCUGUGAUGCUGGCGUCAGCUGUGUUGAUGGCAGUUCUUAAAGAUGAUAUGGAGUUGUCAUCAGUCUAUGCAACAUUGAACAAUACACCGUACCAGACAGACUCCAAGUCAGCCACCUUUAAAAUUCCAAAACAUCAGUUUUCUGUUGGGAGCGUCACUUUAAAUCCCUCUGAUAUGCAGACACUCCUGCCUGGGAAGUGGUUAAAUGACCAGAUCAUCCACGCCUAUUUGGGUCUGUUAAACAGCAACACAACUUAUGUCCUUCCAAGUUUCAUUGCGGUUCACUGGGAGGCUGGAAAUUUCAACUGGAUUUACCCCCAGAUCCCACUUCACCGCUACUAUCAGGUGCUUGUUCCAAUAUGCCACCAGCACCAUUGGUUUUUGCUUGUUGCUGAAAUGAGGACUGGAAUUGUUACAGUUUUAGACCCUCUACCCAACAGCCAAAGGGCGGACAGAUUUGUGGGUCAUUGGAGAAAAUUCAUGGAGACGAGAGAACGAGUCUUGAAGGAAGCUGCAACAAGGUGGACAUUAGGAAGGAAUAAGUCAUCUAGACAGGAUGAUGGUAGUUCAUGUGGAGUGUUCCUACUAAUGAAUGCUGAUGCUGUAGUAUCACAAAACCCACCGACUGUGAUGAGGCAAUGCCAUGUGAUGGCUUACAGAAAACACAUUAUUGACCAACUGCUCAAGUUUGCCAAACCUAUCAGAAACAAUUGUGACCUUCUGUUCUGCAAUUCAAGUGGGAAACAGAUGUUUCGGUGUACCAAAUGCAACAGAAUGUGUCACAAGGCAUGUCUUGGAGUGUGUGAAGGAGCUGAUGUAAGCACCUGUAUUUUGUGUGUUUGAACUUGUCACAUAUCCUAUAAACAUAAUGUUAUCCAGUGACAUGUGUAUAUAGAUUUAUUAUGAUAGAUAUGCUUAACAUAGGUGAAUAUGAUGUUAGAUAUGUCAUGAUAAAUGUGUUACAAAUAUUUUACGUAUACAAAUACAGCCUUUGGUUAUCAAUGGCUUUACAGACCUGAACUGGACAAUAUUUAUCGAGGCACGGAAAUAGAGUUUGUAUUUAAUAUAUAAAAUGAAGUAUAUUGAUUGAGAUAAAAAAAACUAAGAAAGUUCCUUUAAAGUAACUCAUCACAUUACUUAUAGGUCAAUAUAAUGCUUCACCAGGUUUGUUAUAUUGAUCUCUGCCAAAAAUACAUCUCAGCACGGAUGACAUAAUUUCUAUCUUUAACUACAAUAUAAGAUUCCAUGGACAUGAAAAAACAUAUUGAUUUAUUGGUGAUAUCAUUAGGACCAGUGAGUGAUAGUGUUAUAUACACAAUCAUAUAAUGAAGUGAUGUAGUUUCUCUGGAACAGUUUGGAAUGAAUAAAAACUGAAAAUUACAUUGGCAGAUCAAUGAGGUAAGAAACUUUUUUAGAAAGGUUAGAAAGGUUUUUAAUUAGCACAUUCAUAUU